GUCACUCCAGAACCUCGUCUUGAAUAUCAGAUUUCGCGCAGUGGCUGUGUGAACAAUAUUUUAUGUUACGCAGUGCGAAGCGUGUAACUGAGGAAACUAUAAAGAGGUUUAUGAACCAAACCAAUAUUGUGUGAAGUAAACAUUUGUUGGUAACUAAUUGGAUCAGAGAAUCUGGUACAUAAUGGAUACGGUAUUGUUUGUACUGGGGCUGGGGGAAUAGCUUUUUCAUUUCACCACUUAUAGUCAGUGCUUCUACUUUAUUAUAAAAGAUGGUCAGACGCCUAUGCAAUUUGCAGUAACAUUCAAGCAUACGACGGAUAAACCUCAUUUUCAUUCGGUAAACACAUGCUUCAUUGUCGUAGCUUCGGAAAUUUUCAAAUUUUUGCCUCGGGCUUUUCUAGAGAGUCUAUUCAAAUUGAUACCGAAAAUACAAGAAGUGUCAUUUAUUUUUGAUUCUUUCACGAAUUCAAUUUUUUACCCCAGAUCAGAAAUUUUAAAAUCCCUUUAGCAGCGCUUUUCUGCUGCAUUUCUUUAUGUGGAAUUCUAACCAAGUCGAAACACUGUUAUGCUAGAGCAUAAAGGUGUUAAUCCAAAUUAUUUCCCUUGUUAAAAACCUGUAUCGUCAGUACUUUUUACUUCUACAUAGUAAGUGUUUGGAAGUGAAAAAUCAGCUUUCAGCUUAAACAUUAAAAAAACCAAUGAAAUGUUAUCUUUUAGUUAAAAAUACGUUAAUAAACCACAAACAUGUUUCGAUAACUCAAUGACCAUCGUCAGUUACCAGAACUGAAUAUUACUAAUAUCCCCACUUUGAAGCAAAAAUCAUCACGAACAGUGCAUGAUUACAGUCUAAAAGACGUGAAAAACGGUGUCGGAGACUGUAUUCAAACCAUCAGUUCGAUUGGCCUAAGUUUUUACGCGGAGAACCUGUACCUGUACGAUCAGAUCAGUUCAAUCAAGAACUACAGGUGAGUCACCGGUUUGUUGAGACAUACCUUUGAUCUUUGAAAGGUGCUACCUUCUUGUUUAUCGUAAUAAAAGAUUUUUAACGAACGAAACAUGAGAAUAAAUUGAUGCCAAUGGAAGAAUCGCUGUAAAUUAUGGAGAAAUGAAUUAUCACAGAAAUCGAUUGUUUAAUACAAUUGCCAGGCUGUCGGAUGUCAUAGUAAAAUGCGAUGCGAAUCGGUUACUUUAACUUGCGUGGAGGCAUAAUCCUCUUUUACAUUAUCACCAGCGUGUCCUUUGUCGUAACUCUGGCAAUGCUUUUUAAAGAGUAUCUGAAGUACGAAAAAGAGAAUUACCGACCAAAACGAGCCAACAUGAGCGAAACAGACCACCACAAGCUUCAGCCAAUGCCACGGAUAUUUAAUACGGUUUUUAAAAAUCAAGAAAAUCUAAGGAGCUUACGAUGUCCGAAAGACCAUUUAAAGGAUAUUUUGCUCGUAGUUGCGCUGUCAACAACUUAUGCUUAUGAAAGUAUUCCCCUUUUUGAACUUUUAUAUAAAGGUGGCUUUAGAAAUCGAGUGUUUUGCGGCCCGUCGUUAUUAGCGAAUAGCAGUAACAUCAGUAUUCAUGUCGUAAACACUCGUAACGGCGCAUUUUUGUAUGACUGUUUAUCGAGUAUAGUUGAAAAAUACACAGACUAUAAUGGAUACCUUUUCAUCGCUGAAGAAGUAUUGCUCAAUUACUGGAAUCUUUUAUUGUAUGAUAAGAAUAGAAUCUGGCAAGAUAUUGAUGUAAUAAAUGGACCGGCACUUUACUCUGGUACACCAGAUAGUUGGGAGUGGUGGGCCAGUCCGUGGGGGAUGCGAGCACUUGAAAAGGCUUUCGAGUAUUUAGUUGAAAGGAGCUACAGCGAUUUGAGAAAAAGUAAACUGACUGAAGGUGACUGGAAACCAGAAUGGGAUGUUAGUAAUGCAUUGAAUGCGUGGCUGUGGAAUGGAGAAGGCGUUUACAAAUCUUACUGGGUGAACAAGUCCGCCUUAUAUCUACCAAGGCGUCACUUGCAUGAUUAUAAAAAGCUGGCAAGAAUAUUUCGCCAGAGUGGGGUUCGACAUGCCCUUGCGAUGCCAACCAUUGCUAGACUGCUCGAACUUGAAGUUGACACAGUGAAACUGAAAGGCACCUCCAUCUCUGAUGUAAAGGCUUCGAAUAUAUCGAAUGAUAGAGAAGCACUAAUCGCUGCAUCGAAAAAUAAAGACUUUCUCUUUAUCAAAGGUGGGACGAAAGAGCGCCGAGAGACAUUGAACGAUUUGAAGAUCAAGGAGUUCGCUGUAGGAAAAUUUCUGUAUUAUGAUGAGUGUCCUGACUGA